AUGGCUUCACGGUCUGCAUCAUCGGUGCCCUCCACCGGAAUAGGCGAGCAUGUCGCCUACAGCUUUGCUCGGGCCCAGGUAGCAAAAAUGGUCAUAUCGUCUCGGACCAUGCGCGACUUGGAGGUCGUGGCCGCCGAAGUAAACCGGAUCAAUCCCCUGGGCGAGAUUGAUAUAGUUGAAUGCGACGUCUCAAAAGCGACCUCUGUAGAAGCUCUAGCAGAUUACGUGAGAACCCAUUGCGGGCGAUUGGACGUGUUGGUCCUCAACGCCGGCUACGCCGGGCCAGUAAUCACGAAGAUGAAUCGAGGGAGCCCGGAAUGGGUGCAACGAGCCUUUGAAGUCAAUACGCUGGGGACCUACCUUGCUGCACAUUAUUUGGUUCCCUUGCUGCUGCAGACGGAAAACGGAGCAAAAGGAUUUAUGGCGAUUGGCUCCAUCGCGGGUUGCAUCAGACGAGGGCCGAUUGCGAACACGGGCUACACCGUCAGCAAGUUUGCACAGAUUCGGUUGGUCGAGUAUCUCCAUGAACAAUACUCUGAGCAAGGUUUGGUGAGCCUUGCGCUACACCCGGGUGCGGUCAUGACGAGGAUGGCACGCGGGAAUACGCCGGAAGAGUUCUUGCCUUACAUGACAGAUGAGGUUGAUCUCUGUGGUGCAGUCUGUGUGUUUCUCAGUAAACAGAUCAGGGAUCUCGGUUGGCUGGGUGGGAGGCUGAUCUCUGCCACUUGGGAUAUGGAGGAAUUGAUGGCCAAAAAGCAGCAGGUCGUGGAGAGGGAUUUGCUCAAGUUCACCCUAUUGACGGAGUGA